ACCCACACAUGCGCGCGCAAACAAAUUCAGGCGCACGCAUAGAUCAUCGUACGCGCUGAGCUUAGCAAUCCAGCAACUAGCAACUGCUGCACUACUUUGCGGAAUCGUUAAUUAGUGCCGCUGCUUACCGCAGACUGCGGAGUCGAACGUCACUGGUUUGGGAUCCAGGGAGGGACCGCAGCCUACGAGUGCGUCUAGGCAUAGCACGGGAGGACGUAGAGGCACGGUGACGACGGCUAAUCGACGGAUAAGAUGGCACGUCAGCAGAAUGAAUCAUUUGACGAGCUGUUCGACGUGAAGAAUAACUUUUACAUUGGAAAUUAUCAACAAUGCAUUAACGAGGCGCAGAAAGUGAAGUUAUCUUCAACGGAGGCAGAGAUGAAUCGAGAUGUCUUUUUAUACAGAGCUUAUAUCGCUCAGCGCAAAUUUAGGAUAGUACUCGAUGAGAUCAAGGAUACCUCUCCGUCCGAAUUGCUGCCAUUGAAAUUGUUAGCGGAAUACUUUGCUCAUCCAGAACAUAGGGAUAAAAUAUUAUCUGCAAUUGAUAAGGCUACGAUCGAAGAAAAUUGCAGAAGUCAUAACUAUAUGAUAGUCGCCGCUACGAUCUAUUACCACGAGAAUAAUUUAGAAUCCGCUCUUAGAGUAUUACAUAAAGCUGAAAAUUUGGAAUGCUCUGCGCUGAGUGUGCAGAUCUACCUAAAAAUGGAUCGUCUUGAUUUAGCUGUAAAGGAAGUGAAAACUAUGCAAGAGAGCGACGACGAUGCCACUUUGACGCAGCUCGCACUGGCUUGGGUCAACUUAGCCAUAGGACGCGACAAAUACCAAGAAGCUUACUAUAUCUUUCAGGAAAUGAUUGAUAAAUAUUCCAGCACAACUAUGUUACUCAAUGGAAAAGCAACGAGCCUGAUUCUUCAACAAAAAUACGAAGAUGCCGAAAUAGUACUUCAAGAGUCUUUGGAAAAAGACAGCAAUAAUCCAGAUACAUUAAUAAAUAUGAUUGUUUUAUCGCAGCAUAUGGGAAAACCAUACGAAGUUGCAAAUCGUUAUCUGACGCAGUUAAAGGAUUCUCAUAUGGAACAUCCAUUUGUAAAAGAUUACCUUCAAAAAGAACUUGAAUUUCAAAGGCUGGCAGCCGAAUACUCGGCUUUAGCCUAAUUGAUGUAGCAUUGCUGUGCAUAGCUCAUUGAUUAUAAUUAAGGAGGGAUGAUAUUAAAAUUUAUUUUAGUUAACAA